AUAAAGCACAGAUGAGCUGUGGUCAGUGUUAUGACUCACAUCGUCUAUUGUACUUGUUAGCGUUGUACAAUUAAAUUUUAUUUGUAUAGCGCUCUUAACAAUGGACAUUGUCACAAAGCAGCUUUACAGAGAUUCAGUAUAUAAAUUUCCAAUUGAUAAAUAUAUCCCUUAUGAGCAAGCUAGAGGCGACGGUUGGAAGGAAAUACUUCCUGAGACAAAAUGAGGAAGAAUCUUUGAGAGGAACUCAGAAGGGAACCCAUCCUCAUCUGGGUUACAAAACGAAUAGUGCGAUUAUUAAUAAUUCCCUUCUUUAACUGUGUAAGACAUGUUCAACCAGGAAAUUCAUUAUAGUUUUCACAUGAAAUAUAUUUUGUUGAUGUUAUCAACUGUUCACUGAUGGAGACUUGAGUGCAGAACUGUCUGUGGAAAUUCCAGUCCUAAAGCUAAAGUCCUCAUAGCAAUUUUAGUCCUAAGCCAUCAUAGCAAAUAAUGCCUUUUCUUUUCUUUUUUUUUGAUUCUCCCAUUCAAGAAAAUGUGUAAUACUAAAUUGGUGCUACUAUGCAGGGGUGCCAGCAUCUACAGUUUAGCUGUAGCAUUUGCAGUUUUUGAUCAUUUUGUAAAAUACAAAUAAGCUUUACAGAUCUUUAUUGGAAAGGGUUUAAACGAUGUUUUUCAUGCUUGUUCAAUGAACCAACAAUUAUUGCACAUGCUCCUGUGGAACAGUCCUUAAGACACGAACAGUUUACAGGCGGUAGGCGAUUAAGGUCACAGUUAUAAUAACUUCGGACACUGAAGAGACCUUUCUACUGACUCUGAAAAACACCAGAAGAAAGAUGUCUAGGGUUCCUGCUCACCUGCGUGAACAUGCCAUAGACCUGCUGCAGGGAGGCAUGAGGACUGCAGAUGUGUCCAGAGCAAUAAACUGCGAUGUCUGUAAUAUUUGACCCAAUGACAACAGAUGAUGAGCCAUAAAUGAAACUCAAGAAAUCCUGAUUUUUGUCGUCUGGCACCACGUCAUCUGGCACCACCCCCUCAACUUUUUUCCCCUCUCUGUCCUUUUCUGCUUCUCUGUCCUCCACAAAUUGUGUUCAGAGUGAAGUCAUGGCUAACGCAGUGGACACCGGUUCCACCAACUCCAUGCGUCUGAAGCAGGAGAUCUCGCUGUUACAUGGAGUCUGUCUAAUUGUGGGCAAUAUGAUUGGCUCGGGCAUUUUCGUAUCGCCAAAGGGUGUGCUGCAGUACACAGGCUCCUUCGGCUUAUCGCUGGUGGUGUGGGCUAUCGGUGGCAUCUUCUCUGUGUUUGGUGCCCUCUGUUAUGCUGAACUCGGAACCACGAUCCGUAAGUCAGGUGCCAGCUAUUCCUACAUCCUCGAGGCCUUCGGCAGCUUCCUGGCGUUUAUUCGCCUGUGGACUUCACUGCUGAUCGUGGAGCCGGCAUGCCAGGCAGUCAUCGCUCUUACUUUCUCCAACUACCUGGUGCAGCCGUUCUACCCAACCUGCACAGCUCCAUAUCAUGCUGUGCGUCUCAUCGCAGCUCUCAUCAUUGCUCUGCUGACCUUUGUGAACUGUAUGAAGGUGAAGUGGGGGGCCAUCCUGCAGGUCAUCUCUACUUUUGCAAAAGUGCUGGCUCUCAUCAUUAUCAUCAUUGCUGGUUUGGUCGUCCUGGCCCAAGGUAAGAUAAAGAACUUUGAAGACUCAUUUAAGGACUCUAAACUGAAUCCUGGAGACAUGGCGUUGGCUCUGUAUGCUGCUCUGUAUUCAUACUCUGGCUGGGACACUCUAAACUAUAUUACCGAGGAGAUCAAAAACCCAGAGAGAAACCUGCCACUGUCUAUAGCCAUCUCCAUGCCCAUUGUCACGGUUAUCUACCUCCUUACCAACGUGGCCUAUUACGCAGUCAUGGAUGCAGACACCGUGCUGCAGAGUGAAGCCGUGGCUGUGACGUUUGCCGACAGUGUUCUUGGCUAUGCGCGCUGGCUGAUCCCCCUGUCUGUGGCCAUCUCCUGCUAUGGCGGUCUCAACUCCUCCAUCAUUGCUGCCUCCAGGUUGUUCUUCGUAGGAUCUCGGGAGGGUCAUUUGCCCAACUUUCUGUCCAUGAUACAUGUGAAGCGCUACACACCAAUCCCAGCCUUGCUGUUCAACGGUGGCAUGAGCCUGCUUUACCUGUUGGUUCGAGAUGUCUUCCAGCUCAUUAAUUAUUUCAGCUUUAAUUACUGGCUGUUCAUUGGCCUGUCCAUUGCCAGUCAGAUCUACCUGCGCAUAAAGGCUCCUGAGAUGCCUCGUCCUGUAAAGCUCAGCCUGUUCUUCCCCAUAGUGUACUGCAUGUGUAGUGUGUUUCUGGUGGUGGUGCCACUCUACAGUGACACUAUAAACUCUCUGGUGGGCAUUGCGGUGGCUCUCUCCGGCGCUCCAGUCUACUACCUCUUCAUGUACCUGCCUCCCAGCUCCAGACCUGCCUUCUUAAGCAGAAUGUUUGAUAAGAUCUCACUGUUCACCCAGAAGUUGUGUUUCUGCUGUAUAGCAGAUCCAGGCCUUGACCUCGACAAUCUAACUGAAGAGGGCAAGUCGAAAUGACCAUGAACUGAAAAUUCUGCUCCAGCCAAAUCUUGGAACCAGGAUUUGGGGAAUUGUAACUAGCCGGAAAUUUUUUUUUUUUUUUUUUUUUAAAUAUGCUUAUUUGUAUUUAAUAUAUAAUUUUUUUUUUUUUUUUUUUUUUACAAGUUUUUAGUUUAGCUGUGUCAUUUGUGAUUUUUGGCCCCUUGCUACAGCGAUCAGAGAGAGACCUGAAAAUGAUGCUUUGGUGGUUCUUUCAGAUUAUACAGCAGUUAGACCAAAUGAAUAACACGUGCUCAUCAGAAAAACCAGUUCCCCUGAAACAGAAAGGGAGCAUGGUGUGAAACAUCAUUUGCUUCUGGAAGUACUUUUCCUCCAUGCCAACUUCAUCUAGGUGAACUUUUCCCCGUGUAUUUGCGAGCCUUUGUCUUUUGAGCCAAUCGGAAGCAAGUGGGCAGGAUUGUGGUCUCUGGUCAGUAAAAAAAUGGAGCUGUUUAAUUACAGCAGGUUUUUCUUUACUGUUUGUAUACAGUUGCUUGGCACACAUUGAAAGAGAAUAGCUUUAGUCAAUUGUCUUUUCAGAGACACAGGAUUUUUGUGGAAAUUCUAUUUUUGAUGUCUAGGAUUUUUUGUUAAUAAUAAUGAUGGUGUGUGUGUGUGUGUUUUUUUUUGUUUUUUUUGUUUUGUUUUUUGUUUUUUUAAAUAAUGCAGUCUUUGAUAUAAUAUGUGCUAGCCUUGGAAAAACAUUGGCACAAGUAAAUGAAGGGUUAUAUUUGUUUGAUGGCUAGACUUGAUAGGGCCUUUCACCCCCUUACACUGAGUUUUGUAUAUCCAGGCAGCAGUCAUACAUUCAUUGGUGUUUUUUGUUUGUUUGUUCAUUUUUCACAGUGGCCUUAUAGGCUUCUAUAGAUUAUGGCCUUUGACAUGGAGCUUUUUCCAAUAUUUGCCAAAUUUGUUUCUAUUAUAUAUUUUACUUAUGCUUUUUUUUUUUUUUUUUUUUUUUGUCUAGAUUACAUGGAUUAUUACAUUUCAUGUCCUGUGACCUUUGAAUAGAGAGACAACCUAUGCAUGAAAUGGAUAAUUGCUUAUUUCUGCAGCAUUUUAGUAAGAAUAGUCCCUCCAGUCCUUAUUGUUUACAUUAGAAACAUUUUGAGAUUCAAUUUUUAGAGAUUCAAGCAGUUUCAUGCUAAACUCUUUUCACACUAUGUGUCUGUGGGGGAAAAAAGUACAGUAAUCGUUUUCAUGCGCUGCUUUCUAAGAAAGGGGCAGAGCCCAUCUGUUCUAGCUCAGGGCAGAGUUUACGUCCAGUCCGGAAAAAUGCACACAGAUACCUGAAGUGAAGAAACUAUAAAUAUCAGAUGCAAUAUUUCAAAUCAUAGAUUUUGUAGGUAACUGUAACCUGUUAUGAUUAUUAUACGUCGAUCACUUUAUGGUACGAGGACACAUUAAUAGCUCUUUUAGUGCUGGAUUUCAGGACACAGCAGUCUAGUCUCAGGCUAAAUCACAAGCUGUUUUAUUGUUUGCACUCCAAUUUCUUUUGUACUUAGCCAAAGCUUAAGAUUACGGUCCUGUUCCUAAAGAACAUCUUUCAUUACAACACGUCUAUUUCAGAUUAUAAUAGGAUUUAGGAUCAUGUGAUUGUCAAAGCUGGGUGUUUUUCUUGUAUGUUGUAUUCUGCAUUCACACUUGAACCAAAAAAAAAAAAAAAACCUUGUUGAUUUUAGAUGUUCUGUGAAAUGUUACUGCUUUGCUUUGUCUUUCGCCCGAAUUCUCAGCACCGACUUCUGCAAACCAGCACGUUUAAUUUGAUCUUAAUUUGAACACUUUAGGCAUAUGUCGUUUAAAGAGAAAUUUUGGGAGAUGUCCUGUUUCCACACCCGAGUACUGUAAUAUUAUCAUAUGUACCUUAUUCACGUAUGAAUAUUUUUGUGAUGUUAAUACAUUGUUACAGUGUGUGUAUAUGUAUAUUGUAUCCAUGUAUAACAUAUUUCUGCUUUGUCUAGGGUACAUUUGUCUCUGGGUAACUUUCUAGAUGAACAUUUAUUUGGGUGAGUGUGUGAGUGUGUGAGAUUAUCUUACCAGUCUUACCUGUUCUGCCAUAUGCUGGUCUUGUUCAUAAGCAUUUUGCAUCUAUGCAUUUUUAUUAUUAUUAUUAUUAUUAUUAUUAUUAAAAUUUUUUUGGAGGGGGUGCUGAAUUUUAUCUACCAAAUAAAAGGUAUUGUAAAAAAACAAAAACAAAAAACCCCCCAACAUUAAAAA